GUCAACUUUUCUUCUUCACUCAUAGCUCCCUCUAACGCCAUGUUGGCUGUUAUGACUUGACGUGUUUUCAUCUGCCUUACUACGGACUUGACAGGAGUGGCUUUCUUAAAUCCCCCUGCGCCUUUGGAGACGGUAUUUUUUCCCCCAUUUUUCGUGCGCGCACGCGUCUUGGAUGAUACGCGCGGAGCAUGCACGCAUCAUUCCCGUGACUUUGCAUUUGAAAGGAAUACAACUUGGAAAUAGCCGUUUGAAAGGCUUCGGUUCUUGCUCGUGUGUGUGUUUUUUCUUGUCAUAUGUGCAACAAAAUGUCAGAUGUUCGCCUUUCUAAUGCGAGCCCGACAUUGGAGAGGGUGGAUGCGCGGCAGCGGGACAACAUUAGACCUUCGGUCCGCAGAAACCUAUUUGGUACACCUGACCCAGAGGAGAUACGGAGGCAUGCGGAGGCUGUGGUGCAGGAAGAAGUGCAAUUGUUUAGGGAUACGUACAAUUUCGAUCCGGUCGAAGACAGACCGCUCACUCCGCGAAAUUACGAAUGGACGAGAGACGACGACCCACCGGAGUUUUUCGUCAGACCGCCUCACGGACGCCCGCAGCCCCGGCGAGAGGUUGACGUGCCCGAAGACAACAACCGGCAGGAUGUGGAGGAGAGGCGAUCGCGGAACACGAGCGGUUCACGGAAAAGACGCUCGGAAGCCUCAGGUUCUUGUUCCAGCGAGGGUCAGAAUAAGCGGUUGCGCGGCGACGAAGAUGAUGAUGAUGAUGAUGAAGAAGACAAGGGUGCAGGAAGUCAGACGGUGAGCGCCGAGGAGAAGAGACCCAGCAGGCCAGAUGAGCUUGGGGAGGUCCAGUGAAAACCCGCCAGAGCGGAGAGACCUGUUGCUGGUGAAUACUGUAGCCUUUCUCAUCAUCUGACAGAGGGGAGAGAUUUUUUUUUUUUAUAUCUGCAAAGAUAUAUUAAAAAAAAAAAAAAAAAAAAGAUUAAAUAAAAAGCAGCCUGAAGAAGGGAGGAGGAGAGGCUGCACAAGCACUGAAUAUGUACACUAUCAAAUUUUGGCACUCAUUAAUUAAAUUGCCUCAGAAGCAGCAGACAAUGUAGCAGUGUGCAAAUGGAUUUUUGCUCAAUUGUUUUUUUUUUUAUUAUUAUUAUUAUUUUUAUCUACUACCUAUGUUUCAGAUGUAGCACAUAAGAAAGCAUGUUAUGCUUUUUAUACCUUUUGUUAAAAUGUGUUUGAGUAAAUGUGUGAAUUUGACUCGGGAAGUUGCAGUGCAAUUUCCAACAGAGAACUAUUAUUUUGUUAUAGUGGUCAUUUGUAUCAUUAUUCAGGUAAUUGAUGUAAGUUUAAAAAAAAAAUGCAGAUUUAAAACGUCAGGGUUAUGUGGAAGCAAAUUGGCUUCACUUUUUCUGUGGCUUUAUUUUCCCAGUGUUAUCCAUCUUUUGUUUUUGAAGGCCCAGAUGGUCACACUGUAAGUUGAGGGUCCAUCUAACUGGGAAUUGCCAUACUAGAUAAAAGUUUACAUGCAAAUAAUGUCUCCCUGUGUCCCAAUUUAUAUGUCUUUAUAUUUUUUUAUUUUGUUUUAUUUUUUUAUUUUUUUUUCAAGUGGGUUUGCCAAAGUUUCUACUUUUUUUUAAUUUUAUUUCUGGGGUUAAAGGUUGGGGUGGGAGGGUGGCUAAACUGCAGAGCAAUAUCCAACCAAAUUUUAACAGUAUUUGCUAAUAAUCCUAAGAGGUAGCUUUUUUUUGUUCUCCUUCUUUUUGUUUUUUUGUUUUUUUAUUUUUUAAAUUAGGUAAUAUUUGGGUGACUUUUUCGGUCACACACCCAGCCCCUUGUAAUAGGUGUGGUCCAGGUUAACAUAGACAAAAUAUGUUAAAAAAAAAAAAAAAUCACUGGGCUUUUUAUGCAAGUAUGUGAAUCAAAGAUUUGUCUUUGUGGUGUGGAAUUCAUGUGGAACAUGUAAUUGCACUAUUGUUCAUUUCUCAUCGCAGUGAGGGCAGAGAAAAACAAAGUGACACCGCCUCACUUGGUGUAAAACUUUGAAGUGUACCUGUGUGCUUGUUUUUUUUUUUUUUUGGUAUUUUUUUUUUUCAAAAACACUGAAAAAGUACUAAUUUAUUUAUGUCAAGCUUCUUUUGUGGGUGUGUGUUUAGCGUCCCAAAGCGACAGUUUUUUUGUGCAUUUUUGUAAAUAUCUAUUUUCAUUAUUGUUUUUAAGAUAAAUAAAUAAAAUUGCAAAACUGAGCCUUAUAAUUGAUUUUA